AAAACCCCCUUAUCUCAAUCUAUCUUCUCCCAAACCUUCACCACUUUUCUAUAUCUCCUAAACUUUGCCUUUGCUCUUCUAAAUCUCCUCUCCCUUUUCCCCCUUUUUGCAUGGUUUCUUAGCUUCUUCUCCCAUAAAACAAACUCACUUUUUAAUUUUAAUCUUCUUUUUUCUUUGGAGUUUCAUAUAGCUUUGGAUUUAACCUAUUAAUCGCCUUUUAUUUAGACUGAAAAAAAACAAAGUAAAUAAGGAUUUGAAGAAAAAGAUUUGCAGAGAGAAUGGCCCCAAGGUCAAGUAGGAGCAAGGGAAACAAAGCCAAGAAUGAGAAGAAGAAGAAAGAAGAGAAAGUUGUACCAAGUGUUGUUGACAUAGCUGUCAUCACCCCAUACGAAACUCAAGUUGUGCUCAAGGGCAUAUCGACUGAUAAGAUACUGGAUGUGAAGAAGCUUUUGGCAGUUAAUGUUGAAACAUGCCACCUGACACAGUAUUCUCUCUCUCAUGAGGUUAAAGGCCACAAAUUGAAUGAUAAGUUGGAGGUUGUUGGUCUGAAGCCAUGUUUGCUGAGAAUGGUUGAAGAGGAUUACACUGAUGAGUCACGUGCCGUGUCCCACGUGCGGAGGCUCCUCGAUAUCGUCGCGUGUACUACGCGCUUCGCGAAGCCUAAGGGCGGCGGCGGCGGCGGUGGAGCGGAAUCUCGUCCGAAGAAAAGUAAAGUACAGCAGAGCACGGCUGUACCAGCGCGGCAAGAUGGAGAAUCUCGGUUGCCGGAGACUACGCAGUCGGUGGUUUCGGGGAAUUACGAGAUGGUGGCGAUUCACCCCAUUCCCAAGCUCUCGGAUUUCUAUGAGUUCUUCUCUCUUUCACACCUCUCUCCGCCCAUACUACAUUUGAAAAGAGUGGAAAGUAAAGACGGAGAAACGAGGCGAGAUGGCGAUUAUUUCGAAAUGCAGAUAAAGAUAUGCAAUGGGAAGAUCAUACAAGUGAUGGCAUCCGCGAAAGGUUUCUAUACUUUGGGGAAACAAUACUUGCAGAACCAUUCUCUGGUGGAUUUACUGCAACAGCAAAGUCAAGCUUUUGCCAAUGCAUAUGCAUCCUUGAUGAAAGCUUUUGUUGAACACAAUAAGUUUGGUAACCUUCCAUAUGGUUUCCGUGCCAAUACUUGGCUUGCUCCUCCCUCGAUUGCUGAUUCCGCAUCUCACUAUGUGCCCCUCCCAAUGGAGGAUGAAAACUGGGGAGGAAAUGGUGGAGGCCAGGGAAGACAGGGAGAGUACGAUCAUAGGCCAUGGGCAACAGAUUUUGCAAUAUUGGCAAGCCUUCCUUGCAAAACAGAGGAAGAGAGAGUUGUUCGUGAUAGAAAGGCUUUUUUGGUUCAUAAUCUAUUUCUGGAUGUCUCCAUUUUUAAAGCUGUUUCAUCCAUACAGAAAGUCAUAGACUCUAAUGCUAUGGCUGCAUCAAAAUUUUCUUCGGGUUCAGUUGUGUUUGAGACCAGACUUGGAGACCUAAAUAUUACAGUCAAACGAGAUGAGGCAGAUACUAGCUUGAAAAGGGAACUCAAGAUUAUCGGCAGCAAAACAAUGAAUGAAUCCGUGAAGGAAGUUUCCCAGAGAAACAUACUAAAAGGAGUAACCGCCGAUGAAAGUGUUGUUGUACAUGAUACUUCUUCUUUGGGUAUUGUAGUUGUCAAGCAUCGUGGCUACACUGCCACAGUCAAGGUUGUUGGUGAUGUAAAAAGCGGAAGGAACCUUUUAAAAGAUAUUGAAAUUGAGGACCAACCUGAUGGGGGGGCCAAUGCCCUUAAUAUUAACAGUUUGCGCUUAAUGCUUAACAUGCCUAGUGUGGAAUCACCAGUCAGAGGGCAAGCUCUGCAUUCUGAUUGCAUGGUUGUUGAGACUUCGAGAUCUCUGGUCCAGAAAGUAAUAAAUGAUUGUCUAACAAAGCUGGACAAGAAUCCUGCAACAGCAGAAAGUUGUAUCAGAUGGGAACUUGGUUCUUGUUGGGUGCAGCAUCUACAAAAGCAGGAAACCCCAAUAGAUAAUAAUUCUUCAAGCCACAAAGAUGGAAAUAAGGUUGAACCAGUGGUUAAGGGACUCGGUAAACAAUUUAAACUGCUAAAGGCAAGAGAAAAGAAAUCCCCUGGUGCUUAUGGCUAUGAUGAAGAACAGAAUGCUGGAUCCAGCAGCACAAUCAUGGAAGACAAUACAGAAGAUGGGAAAUUUUGUGCGUCUGAUUAUGAGUUGCUAAAAUAUGUUCCUGAAGAUGCUUUCUUGCGAUUGAAAGAUACUGGGACUGGCCUUCAUACAAAGUCAAUGGAUGAACUGGUCAAGAUGGCAUUUGAGUAUUACGAUGAUGUUGCUUUACCCAAGCUGGUUACGGACUUUGCAUCACUUGAACUUUCUCCAGUUGAUGGUCGUACACUGACUGAUUUCAUGCAUCUUAGAGGAUUACAGAUGCGUUCCUUAGGUCGUGUGGUCGAACUUGCAGAUAAGCUUCCGCAUAUACAGUCUCUUUGUAUUCAUGAAAUGGUUACGCGAGCUUAUAAGCAUGUAGUUCGAGCUGUUAUUGCUUCUGUUGAGAGCAUGGAUAACAUGUCUGCUGCUAUAGCCACAACAUUAAAUUUCUUGCUGGGAUCCUGCAAUGCUGAAAGCAGCGAUCAGACUCUUAAAUUGCAAUGGUUGCGGGCAAUUUUGGAGAAAAGAUUUGGUUGGAAAUUGAAAGAUGAACUACAACACUUGAGAAAGUUAUCGAUUCUGAGGGGUCUUUGUCAUAAGGUUGGGUUAGAGCUGGUGCCUAAGGACUAUGAUUUGGAAUGCUCCACCCCAUUCACAAAUUCUGAUAUUAUCAGCUUAGUGCCCAUUUGCAAGCAUGUAGGGUGCUCUUCUGCUGAUGGGCGAACUCUACUUGAGUCAUCCAAGAUUGCUCUAGAUAAAGGGAAGCUGGAAGAUGCUGUUAAUUAUGGAACAAAGGCUCUGGCAAAGAUGAUAGCUGUGUGCGGUCCUUAUCAUCGUACAACUGCUAGUGCUUACAGUCUUCUUGCUGUUGUCCUGUAUCACACUGGAGACUUUAAUCAGGCGACUAUAUAUCAGCAGAAGGCAUUGGAUAUCAAUGAAAGAGAGCUGGGGCUUGACCAUCCAGAUACAAUGAAGAGCUAUGGGGAUCUAUCAGUAUUUUAUUAUCGCCUUCAGCAUAUUGAAUUGGCUCUGAAAUAUGUCAACCGUGCAUUGUUUCUUCUCCAUUUCACAUGUGGGCUUUCUCACCCAAAUACAGCAGCUACUUACAUAAAUGUAGCUAUGAUGGAAGAAGGCAUGGGAAAUGUUCAUGUUGCUCUCAGAUAUCUACAUGAAGCCCUUAAGUGCAACCAAAGACUAUUAGGAGCGGAUCACAUCCAGACGGCUGCUAGUUAUCAUGCCAUAGCCAUAGCUCUUUCAUUGAUGGAAGCAUAUACACUCAGUGUGCAGCACGAGCAAACUACUUUACAAAUUCUUCAGGCUAAACUGGGAGCAGAGGAUCUUCGUACUCAGGAUGCUGCUGCAUGGCUCGAGUAUUUUGAGUCAAAAGCAUUGGAACAGCAAGAAGCAGCACGCAAUGGAACCCCAAAACCAGAUGCAUCUAUUGCCAGCAAAGGUCAUUUGAGUGUGUCAGAUCUCCUUGAUUAUAUAAGUCCUGAUCAGGACUCAAAGGCCAUGGAUGCUCAGAGGAAACGACGCCUUAAGGCUAUUCAAGUCGGUGAUAAAUCCCCUAGAGAGCAGCGAGAGGAAAGGAAUGAAGACCCUAUUAUUAUUGGAAGUGUCAAAAUAAGUGCUGUAGUGGAGGAAAGUAGCGGUGAACCGGACAAGGAAGAUAAUAAAUCCUCUGAAGUGCUUGUCAAGGUUGCUGAAACCAGAUAUGAUCGUCCACCUUCAGACCAACUCGUCCUAGAAGGAAAGUCAGAAGAAGGGUGGCAGGAAGCUACUUCAGAAGGACGGGCAGGAAACGGCGCUACAAGAAAGUUCAACAGAAAGAAUCCAGAUCUUGCCAAGUUAAAGGUUAAUUCAGCACACUCCAACUAUAAGGACGUCGGUUACAGAAAGGAGGCUGUUUCUCAGGGGCAUAAGGUCACACUUAAGACUGUUUUUGCUGAAGCAUCUCUAACAAAACAACCUGGCACUGUAAGCUUAAAUAUUACUGAUGAUUCGAGUAAAGUGCCCCCGAAGAUUUUGGGAACCAAAACUUCUCCCACUUCAGCAUCCAAAGUAUCUCCGGUUCCUGCCACUCUCACAGCAUUAGCUUCAAAGUCGUUGUCGUACAAAGAAGUAGCAGUGGCUGCGCCAGGUACGGUUCUAAAGCCCUUACUGGAGAAAGUUGAAGAAUUAAGUGAGGAAAAAACUGACCACCAGAUAUGCAUUAGUCCGAAAGAGACAACCCAGCAUGACGGGGGAGGAGUUUCUCUAGAUGACUCCUUACCAGAUUGUGAAGAUGCAAAAGGAGACAAUGAAGGUGAUACUCAAGAAACUCAAGAUCAGGAGAAAACUGUAGAAACGAAUGGAAGCAAACUCUCAGCCGCUGCUCAGCCAUUCAGUCCAAGUGCCUUUAUUUUGCCCCAUUCACUGCAAUCAACUGCUGCCACUAGCGUUUAUGACAUUCUAGCCAGCCAAGGCACACUUAGCGAACCAGUGGGUUUCCCUUCAGUUGCUGCGCCAGUUCCUUGUGGUCCUAGAUCACCUAUGUAUUAUAGAGCAAGCCAGAGUUUCCGGAUUCGACCUGCGGUUUUGAGUUAUCAAAUCCCAGUUACUGAAAGAAACGGUGUUGCGUCUCCAAAGACAAUGAACCCACAUGCACCUGAAUAUGUUCCUAGAAGAGCAUGGCAAACUAACGCAGCUACAGAAGAUUCGAAACCCACGAUUGAUUCUGAAAAUCCUGUGGUUGGUGCUGGUUCUGGGGGUGAGAAGGUCGAUGAGAAAGUUACAAGCGGUGUUAGAGGGGAAAGACCGAGGAGAACCAGUUCUGACGCAGAGAAAGCAGAGUUAGCAAGGCAGAUACUGCUCAGUUUCAUUGUAAAAUCUGUGCAGAAAACUUCAGAUCCUCCAGCUGCGACUGAAAAGAAGCAUGAGUAUUCGAGCAAUUCAGCUGAAGCAAUUGCAAAUGACAGUGCAAUCAUAAAGAUACUUUAUGGCAAUGAUGAAAAGGCAGCGACACCAGAGACCAACAACGGCGAGAGCCAGAAGGUGGCAGAUGUAAAUAAGAAUAAGACCAGAGAUGGGGAAGGCUUUGUGCUUGUCACCAAGCGGCGGAGAAACCGGCAGCAGUUCACAAAUGGUGUGAAUGGCCUGUACAGUCAACAAUCAAUAUGCGCUUCAGUUCGUUGAAGAAAGACAGAGGAGCGAGAAUAAGUCUUUUGGGGCAUUUAUUCUUCUCAGUCAUGAAAAUAUUCUGGAAGAAAUGGGGCUUCACAUUAGUUGUAAUACAACCUGAUAGGGGAGGGGAUAGUACUUAAUUUGAUGGGUAGAGAGGGAGAGAGAUAGAGGUGAAGAGACUUGAGGUUUCUCACCUUAAUUUUUGGUUGAACGAUGUAAAAUAUUAUUUGAUUCAUGCCUUGUCAAGUUCAACUUUAGUUAUCUUUGAAAUAAAAUACAUGUCAUGUCAA